AUGCGAGAUCAUGCCAUCGGUUUGGUCAUGUUGAGAAGGUUGUGGUUAGAAGAGACAUUAAGGUUGAUGAAUCGAGCAAUGUGGGAUUGGGAGAAGUCCAAUAUUACUUCUCCAAAUCAGAUUGGUCUUGGAGAAAAUAUGCCCCAAGAACAAGAUGUUGUGUUUGAAGAAGAAGAUUCGGAUGAUGAAAACCAAGUCAUCAAAGGAAUAAGAACACUUACGGACAUUUAUGAAAGGUGCAAUGUUGCUAUGUUUGAGCCAAGAAGUGUUCGAAAGCUAUAG